GCGGAACAGCUCUCUCCAUUAGUUCAACCCAGCUCGAACGAACAACACCUGUCUCAGGCGCCACAGGUCCAACUCUCGUUAGUCGAUGGCGGCCCGGGAGAAGAUAGCGGCUCUGUUGUCUUUGAGGUUCGUGCUAAGGCGGAUAAAUAUGACGCGAAUGACGACGACAGCAAUGACGAGGGCUCAAAGCAAAGAAGGCUGCCAUGGAAGACGCAGUGUAUGGGGUUCUUGCGUCUGGUCAAGAACAAUACGACCGGCGAGGUGCGCCUUCAGCUUCAUGCUGAGCCUCGGGCUACUCUUGUACUUGAUCAGCGUCUGGACUCUGAUUAUACUUACAGGGAGGAACCAUGUGGCCCCAAAUCCGUCAUGAUAACAGUCGCGACGGAUGACGGCGAGGGCUUGGAGACUUGGAGGCUCAUUACAAAGGGGUCUGCGCGGGCUUUGGCCGACGCGCUGGAAGAGCAUAAGAUGGCGAAUGCAACCAAGGAU